AUUUCGAUGUUUGUUGUCAUGCGCGCGACCCACGCUGCUCACUCAAUAAAGCUGCUGUGUUUUAGCUGAUGUAUUCCCAAAUUAUUACAUUUGUACGAAUAUUUCUAUUACCAUCCGUGAAACCCUCACUAUAUUACAGUCGGACGCUUUUGACGAGUAAACCCACACUUCGCAACCCCGUUUACUCACAAUACAACACGAUGCCUAAAAAGGACAAGACGAGCAAAAGCAGUCCAAAAGUACCAGAGAUUCCUCCCGGCCCUGUUAUGAAACUUAAAGACGGGACCAUAACAAUAGCAAUACAUGCUAAACCCGGGGCCAAACAAAACGCAGUCACCGAUGUGUCUGAGGAGGCGGUGGGGGUCGCCAUUGCUGCGCCGCCGACAGAUGGAGAGGCAAACGCUGAACUCCUGCGCUUUUUAUCCAAAGUCCUGCAGCUGAAGAAAAGCGAAGUAUCAUUAGACAAGGGGUCCAAAUCGAGAGAAAAGGUGAUCAGAGUGACGGCAGAUGUGAGCCAGGAGGAAAUCCUCAAGAAACUGAGGACAGAGGCUAGUGCUUGAUGCUGAAGUGGGUUGAUUGUUUAGUUCCGGGAUAUCCUUAAUUCAAGAAAAUUAUCAUCAAGUCAACCAUAUUAAGAUUUUUUUUUUUUUGCCAAAUAAAAUGUAUAUAUAUUUGUUAUGUCUUUGCUGUUCAGG